AUGUUACUCUAUAUUCCUUCGCAGUGCCUCUUCUCAAAACGACGUCAAAGAUUAGAAGUACCGGAACAAGUCAGUAAAUUUGAAAGUAAGUAUCCUCUUUCAGUUCUUGCUUUUUUUUUAUUUUUCCUCUCUAACCCGCCCUCUCUUUCUCUCCUUUCCCCCCCUACAUUCUCCCUCCUAUUCUCACCCCAACCCUCCCUCCUAUUCUCACCCCUACUCACCCUCCUAUUCUUACUCACCCUCUCUCUUCUAUUUUCACCUGAUCUAUCUCAUUCUAACCCUCUCUCUCUCUCUCCCUCUGCUCUCUCCAUCCGAAUAUCUCUCGCUCUCUCCUUCCCACUCUCACCCGCUCUCUCUCUCUUUCUCUCCCUCUGCUCUCUCCAUCCGAAUAUCUCUCGCUCUCUCCUUCCCACUCUCACCCGCUCUCUCUCUCUCUCUUUCUCUCUCUCUGCUCUCUCAUUCCCAUUCUCACCUGCUAUCUCUCUUCCAUUCUCACCCUCUCUUUCUCCCGUCUGUCUAUUCCACCCUUUCUCACCCGCUCUCUCUCUCUCUCUCUCUCUCUCUCUCUCUCUCUUUUUAAAAAGAUAUCUUAAUUUGAUCUACUUCGCAUUUAACGAUAAGAGGUCAGACGAUCAACCUGUUUAUUUAUGCCUUGGUCAGCUAAGCGGGUCCGAAUAA